AUUUAAUUUAUGGAUUCUAAUUUGCAAAAUCUCAUAAAGAAUUAUGCUCCUUUAUCUGAUUUCUGUCCAGACCCUAAUUAUUAAUUUGAAGAGUUUAAGGAUAGAUUAUUACAGCCAUUUAGCAGAUAGGAAAAAAUAAGUAGAUGCUGUGAUUUUUCAAAAUAAACUUAAGUAUAAAAAGAUUUGGAAGAUGAAUAUGAGACAGUUGGGUAGAAAGUAGUGAAAAAGCCUGUGUAAAAAAAGGUUGGUUUUGUCCCUUAAUAAUAAUAAUAAGUUGUAUAUUAAUCGUAUUAUUAAACUGGAAAAAAGAGUAAAAUGUCAUAAGCUGCUAAAAGAGUUAUAGUUUAUAAGAAAUGCAGAUUCAAGGAUUCGAUCUCAAUUAAGACUGAUUGGAUUAGUAUUCAAGAAACAUAAAAGUAAAAUAUUGAAAAAGUGUAAUAUUCAUUGAUUGACAUAAAAGAAAUCUAAAGCGUAGGAACAAUAAAAAAAUAUAAUAAGGAAUUUGAUAAGGUUAGACCAAAUUAUGAGAAAAAGAUAUCAAUAAUAGGAGGAGAGGUUAUAUCAGGAUCAGUUUAGGAUGAUAAAUAUUUUAAGUAAAUAAUUGCAGAAAGACAAGGAACAGAAGAGAUUCCAACAAUUUACACUACUGAUAAAUUGUUAUUUGCAGUUUAAACUCUUAAAUAUUCAAUUUAUCCUUGGGAUAUUUUAGUAACAAAGAAAGGAAAUUCUUACAUAUUUGAUAAAUGUCCUUAAAACAGAAGUGAAUUAACAUAUUUGGAAUUAUAAACAAUAAAUGAAAAUAUAACAGUUGAUAUGCCUGAAGAUGAAAAGACAGUAAGAAAUUACUGCGAAGAAAGCACAAUAGCCUAAUUGAGUUGGUAACUAUUAAGUACUUACAAUUAACCUGUACUUUUUUAAAACACAUUAUAAAAUGAUGAAGAAUGUGAAUAAAAUGAUUAAGCAGAAAGAUAUCUUUUUUCUGAAGAUCUUUGCUUCAAAUAUUUAGAAGUCUCAGUUAAAGAUAGAAUUGAAAAAGCUGCGAAAGGAGAGGAAGUAAGAGCUGGAUAGGAAAGAUUUAAAGUUGUAGUGAGAACAACAGUUGAGGCUGAAAAUGGUGAAGGAUAACCAGUAUUAGUAAAAUCAUUAAAUGAAUGUGAAACACCUCCUGAUUGGAAGAAAUCUUUAUUAUCUUAAGCUGGUAUUACAACUAAGUAUUUAUUAAUCUAAACAUAAUAGUACUGCUUAAGUUUACAAUACUAACAAUAUUGCCAAAUGGUUAUGUUAAGCUUAAUUGUUAGAAUGUGAGGAAAUCAAAGUUGGAUAUUUGGCAAGGUAAAAUUAAAAAGAUUAGGAUAAACAUUCUUUAUUAUUAGUUGAAACAUUUACAUAAAGAGAUUUGGCAGCAAUUAUUAACUUUAAGUCUGUUGAAAUUUGGUAAAGUGUCAGAUACAUGGUAGAUUAUCUUAAGACAUAAGAAGAUGGAGUGUAUGUGCUUUUAAAAUAAGCUUAUAAAUAAUCUAUUAGAAUAUUCAAAGUUAGAGAUAAUGAUGAAUUGUAGGAAGAAAAUGAAGAUUCAUUAUGAUAUUAUUUGGUAUAUUAUUUAAGUAGUA